AUGUCGAGAGAUAGCUCGCUGAAGCGGUUCGACCCACUGGGCGAAGCUCGGCUCUGCUUGAAUCGGGGAGUGCCGACCCCGGGUUGGCAGACGAUGCUUUUGGUGGAACGAGUCGCGGAAGCGCCCGCCACCGGGCUCAUCGGCCCUUACGGCGCAGCGCUGCUCCAACUCACGCCGCUGCAGGCCGCAAGCUGCCUCUACGGGUUGGUGAGUUCGGCAAAGGCCAUGGCCGAGGGCAGGUUGAGCAUGGAGGUGACGACCUGCUUGGACAGCGGAGAAGCGUAUGCGCUGAAAGCUGUUCGUCCAGUGAAGGCUACGGCACUCUUUGCCUGGUACUUAGGUGCAUUUGGGGCGGAGCUCGCGGCCUUCGCCGUGGCAAGCGCCACACUGCAUCCUACAAUGAUUGUGCCCGGAUACAUGCUGGGUGCGGUGGCGAACGGUGCAGCGGCCUGGUGCGGUGGAUCGCAGCAGUUUUUGGCGACGGUACCAAACAGUUUCUUAUUCGUGGGAAUUGCGAUGGCAGGCCACCAGACGAAAUGCUUCUGCAAGAACAGAGUAGCAGUGGUUGGAGGAGAGGGUCCUGGCUUUAUUCCAGCCGUUUCAAUUCUGCUCCGUUUCAUCACCUGGACGGCUCUCUGCUUCCUCGAUCUCCCGAACGGUCUUUUGCCGUUCGGCUCGCUCGGGCGGCCCAUGGGCCUCCCGGUGCUCCGUGAAAAAUUUCUGGAGCCGGUCACUGCUUCCCAGGAAGCCUUGGCAUGUUUCACGUCCCAGUUCUGGAUAUCCUUCAAGCCGGAGGCCAAUGGAACCUCCAUGUCUUUGACGGAAGAGGUGGGGUUUGGCGAGUGCAGCUGGCCGGCAACCGGCGAGCUGAGCAGCGCAUCCACGAUUUUCAACACAUGCUUGUUGUUGUUUGCCGUGGUUCUUGUUCCAUUCCACAUGUGCAUCGUGGUUGGAAUGUUACUCUUAAAUCCCACCUACGCUUGCGCUGCUGACAACCUCCCUCUCAAGGAGGAGGUCGAGGCGAAGCAGCGUGAAAUCAAUGAUUUCGCCACGCAGAACGAGCAAGCUGCUGGCCAGCAUGUGCUGCUGAGCCCGCCUCCGGAUUAG